GCAUUCGCAUUAUCUCGCUCAAUAUGUUGACGGUAUACGUGGUCCCCUUAUUAUUCAUGAUCCGGAUAAUCCUUAUCUAUCUUCCUAUGAUUAUGAAUAUGUCCUUACUUUGGAGGAUUGGUAUCAUACACAAUCAAGUGACUUAGUUGCAUUGCGAUUGGCAGCGG